AUGUCGAACUCUGUCUUCUCAGAUGGUGUUAAGUUUAUACAUUCUGGAUCUGAUGCAUUCUUCUUUGCAGAGUUUACAUUGAAUAAGAGUUCUCUUGCCAUCCCUGUUAGUAAAGUAUUCUAUACUUUAUAG